CACAUCCCAUCCAAUUAACUAGCCAUGGCUGCUGGGUUGGGUUAUUUAAUUUAUUAUAUUUCAUAUAUGAACAUGAAGCUUCUCAGCACUUUCCCUUCACUACUGAUUUAUCCAUAUUUAAUUCUUUUGUUUCAAUUAUUAAUAGGGUAAUCUUGAAUGUUUGUGUAAGUGCUGACGCCGAACUCUCUUUCGGACAAUUUUGUUUAUAAAUAAAUAUUAUUAUUUUUGACGAUUCAUGGGACAUGGGAAGCGACAAGAUCAAGUGUGUGCAAGUUGGGAGUCAUACGUACCCUGCAAGCUAGGGUUUUUUGGAUAAACUAAUGGCCACAGAAAUGGUUCAACCGUUGGUUGUUUGACUAUCUGGUUAGUGCAUUAUAUAUUCUAUGCUAGAUCGAUGGGAGAUCGAGUUUGCUAACUAUAAAUGUACUUGUAGCUCAACUAAGAGCUAUAGAAGAUUCGGAUGCAUUGUAGUGUUCACACUAGGGCCGGGGAAACGGUCCGAUUUGGUCAAACUCAAUUGGGAUUGACCUGGUUAAUCGGGUUGUAGUUUUGCUAAAAUAGAAACUGAAAUCGGAUUGGAUUAGAUUGCAUACGGCUUAAAAAGUGAUUGAAUUAUAUGGAUCUGAUCUGAAUUGGUUUUAAACACAAAAACCAAAGUUUUACAAAUUUCGUCAAGGUAGCUCGUUUGGAUGGAGUUUAGUUUAAUAUAUCAAAUCCAAUUUCGUCGAGCUCCAGCACGGACACUCCCACGCAAUCCUAAUUCAUCUUCUUCUGAUUCCAUCUCUCGUUCUUCUCAUAUCUCCUUCUCUCUGUUUGACUUCUUCUUCUCCCCUUCAAGGCCGGAGAUUUGUAUCAGUUCGUGCGUAAUUCGGGGUUUGGUUGCAAACCAGGCCAGUUUAAACUACGUACCCAGUUUUCGAUUUGACCAAAAAAUCGUAACGGUUAGUUCACACACACGUCUUAGCUAGGAAGGAAUGCCACAUGCACUUAUACCCUCCACAUACAAAAUCCUCUCUAAUAAUUAUCACAAUGUACAAAUAAAAAGGAAAAGCUCGUUGGCUCGGACUUAGAAUUCCUAGUCUUUUAGCCAAAACCAUAAAGGAAGUAGAGUUUUCGACAGUCCAAAAGAUUUGUUAUAGUCCGUCCGGAUGGAUUUUUGCUUCGUGCCUGUUCCUACUCCUCAUAUGAUCAUUUUAGGGGUGCUUUGAUGUCUCAAAUACAUUGUGUUAACGGCCAAGUUAUACAAGCGUUGAAAGAAAAGGGCAUUCAUCAAACUAUUUAGUACAACCGAUCGACUAACAUAUGUUUAACAAGCACCUCUUCUCAUAUGGUCCGUCUUACUCUAUACAUGAUAUAUACGUAAGUUACAAACUAUUUGGUAUAACCAACUAACAACACUGAAUCAGACGAUAUCCAUUCCCAUGUUCGUCAUCAUUAAUUAUCAACGUUAUGUAUCGAUAUUUUCAACCCCCAUCCAACAAACUUACAAACUCGAUACACUGGCUAGUUCCUACAAACAACAAAGACAAUUGAUGGCCGCGACAUUUAGAACCUAAGCUACGAGGUGAUGAUAACUGGUCUCUGUCCAUCCUUUUCAAAAGAGGCUCAACAUCAAUCCUCCUAAGAAGAACGCGUAUGUGCAUUUAUAUGGUUCGUGUCCAUUCCCGGUAGCAACUAGAAUUAGAACAUGCAUGGAAAACAGGAAAAGACGAAAGACCAGUCGAUGACGUCAUGUGAAAUGGUCACGUCAUAAUUCCAUCUCCAAAAAAAAAACGAAAUUUCAACGCACCAAAAUUGGAUUAAAGAAACUAUGUUUAAAAAAAAAAUUGGAUUAAAGAAAGUACUUGGCUUCAAUUAUAAUUAAUAAACAAAUAUAGGACUGAAUACACUGAAUGAACCCCGAUGAAGACACGCGAGAUAGAGAGAGAAGGGGACACUAUGUCCACGUGGUCACAAAUGAUUGGUAGUCCACCAGACCAGCGCUGCUUUUGACUACGACCGAGCGAAAAACCCGAAAACCCACAACCAGUCAACGAAAAAUCAAGAGCCAACUUACUGGUUUGGUUUGGGCCGACUUGCAACUCACGUUCCACCCCCGGCCCAAUCUCGUGACGCAAGCGCUGACGACAAAAGUGGCCCCACACCAUCCAAAAUUUAAUUUCACCCUGUCUCAUUGGCCCACUUGUCGGCACCUGGAGGCAUCACGGUUCCACUCACUGAGAAAAAGGCAAUGAGCUGCCGCAGCCACCAAUACAGGAGGAAGUCAACAACCAAACCCAUUAUUCCUAAUCUCUUUAUUAACCAAUUCAAUUCAAUAUGUGGAACUUUGUUACUUCAUUUUAUACAAUUUUCCAAAUCUAAGUUUUUAUCUGUUAAAAUGAUUGGUCUUUGAUAACUAUCCUCGAAUUUUGUCGAGGAGAGAAUGUUAGAGAACAGUAUAUUGAAUUACAAACUAAUGGUUGAUUGUUACUCGUGUGAUUUAUUCAUGAUUAACGGUAGAACAUAGAAUAUUACGUACCGUUGAUUGCUAUGUAAAUAUAUUAAAUGCAUGGUCAUAUCGAUGGCAAAUAUAUAUAUGAUAAGGAAACUGAUUUUGUGAAAUAUAAUUUACAACGUGCCCUUAAAUUACACAACACCUGCUAGCCACACUUUUAAUUCGCAAAAGAAAGUACCUUACAUUAUAAAUUUUAUUCAGAUUUUGCAAUAACUCGUGAUUUUUAUUAUAACACACUAACAAAACGAAAAAAAACCAACUUCAAUGUGAUCAAUUAGUUUCAAAAUAUCAAACUGAUCAUCGAACUCAUUACUUCACUAAUCGCAUUGAUAUUUUUGUGGUCCUAAUGGCCCAAUUGAUAUUUUGAGUUUUGACCCCCUCGGCCGACUGAACUCCGGCCCGACCAGUACCACAAACCAACCCGCACGUGACUCUUUUCAAAAACCCUAUCACUAUCACCAUUCUUCUUCUUCCCCCACUCUGUUUAUAUAAAUCGCCCAUUUCCACACCUCCCAUUAUUCCACAAGAAAAUUCCCAUCUCCAAUCUCUCAACUCUCAGAGCAGCCCAACCAACAGAAAAGAAGAAUCCCACCGGAGAAAGAGAAAAGGAACAGGGCUGCACACCCCGCCGGAAUUCGAAAACCCAAAUGAGGUCAACGGUGGAAAAUCAGCUCAAUUUACCCGCCGGGUUCAGAUUCCACCCGACCGACGACGAGCUCGUCACCCACUACCUCUGCAAGAAAUGCGCCGGCCAGAGCAUCACCGUCCCCAUCAUCGCCGAACUCGAUCUCUACAAGUUCGACCCCUGGGAGCUUCCCCAGAUGGCACUGUACGGCGAGAAGGAGUGGUAUUUCUUCUCUCCGAGGGAUAGGAAGUAUCCCAACGGAUCGCGGCCGAACAGGGCGGCGGGAACAGGGUAUUGGAAGGCGACCGGAGCCGAUAAACCGAUCGGAAAACCGAAGACUCUGGGGAUAAAGAAGGCUCUGGUUUUCUACGCCGGGAAAGCUCCGAGAGGGAUCAAGACGAAUUGGAUCAUGCACGAGUACCGCCUCGCGAAUGUGGAUCGCUCCGCCGGCAAGAAAUCUGGACUCAGGCUGGACGAUUGGGUGCUAUGCCGACUCUACAACAAGAAAGGAACCAUGGAGAAGCAUUUCCCUGGUGACGAUGAGACGAAAUCGGUAAAGGUCCGGCCGUCGUCACCUCCGCCGGAGGACGAGGACAUGAUGUGGGCGGUGGAGGAAAUGAAACCCAAUUUGCUAGAGAUGCAGCAGCAACAGUUUUGGGAGAUGUCGACGCCGGAGGAGUCGACGUCGGUGCCGCAGCAGCUGCACACUGACUCGAGCAGCUCCGGCGAGCAUCAAGCGGUGUGGUCGCCGCCGGAGAACAAGGAGGUGGAGAGCCGCAGCAGCGGCGGAGGAGGUAACGAACCGAACCGGAAUUCGGGUUCGAACAACCCAGGGAACGGCUUCGAUUUUGGGUUCGGGUUCGAGUUUCAAGAUUUCGGGUACGGGUUCGGUGGCGGGGACGAGAGGGUCGAAUUCGCCGGUGCCGGCGGAGGGAAUUCGGGUUCAGGAGGAGGGUUCCAGUUGGAUCAGCAACAGUUGCAGGAGAUGUUCAUGUAUAUCCCUGAGCCGUUGUUUUGAUGGAGAUUUGUGUGACUUGGUAACUUGAAAGGGGGGUUUAUGGGUUAAUUUUUAUAGUUAUGGUUUUGUGGAUAACAUUUUGGUUGGAUACCUAUUUUGAUUAGAAAUUUUGUUAGGGUUUAGGGGAAUCGUAUGGUUUAGGGUAAUGCAAAAAGCAUAAUGUAACCAUUGUGAGGUAAUUCUUAUAAGAUGGUAACAUAUGAAUUCAUUUCAAAUUUUCAUUCCUAAGAAUUUGCAAAUCGUAUAGUACAGACAGUCCAACCGAAUAAAUCGUCAAUCAGAGUCUAAACCGAUAAACGAUUUUAACACCACGAAACGGUUAAACUACAAUUUUAGCACAAAAUAAUUUACUACUAACUUUUUCGAACAACUUCCAAUACCAUUUUACAACCUUUGAAAAAAAGUGAAUGAAAUUUGUUUACAUUGUUCAUAAUUUGACUCUUUCAAGUCCAAACUAGGACUAAGUUGUAGAAGAGUAUCCAAAACCAAAUUAGAAAUUCAAUAGGGUAGAUCAAAAUUCCGGGGUGAUGAAGCGUACACCAUAAAUCUUAUUUAAGGUGAAAAUAUUAUUCAUACUUCAUAUGCUUUGUAUCUAGAUAACGUAUACAUAAAUUUGUUUUGAUAAUUUGUAUAAACCAUAAUUAUUCAUAUUCCAGAAAAUAAUAAUGUGAUAGCAUAAAGAAAAACAAUGAUGAAGAUCUCCAAAAAUGCAUUUGCAUAUAUGGUGUUAGUAAUUUGUGCAAAUCAAAUUAUUCAUGUUCCCAAAGAAUUAUAAUAAGAUGGUAUAAAGAGAAUGUUUAUAA